GCAACAUCGCAAUCGUGAGCGUCAGUUGGAGUGCGAUCGCUUGUCAGAGACGGUCCAUUAUUUUGGAACACAGAGAAUUUCCAACGCUGCACGUGGAAGGUAUUGCGCAACUACAGGUACAGGCGACAGGGAUAUCUAUUCACAUCAACGUAGAGUUUGCUAUUGAUACUGAAAAGUAUGCAAGAAUCAAGGUCGACAACCCCGAUUGUGAUCGUGCAUGGUGGUGCAUGGAGUGGGAUCAGUUUCCAACGUGAUGCCCGUGCGGACGGUGCAAAGCAUGCUGCUAUUGUUGGAUGGAAGAGACUGGAGGAGACUGGAAAUGCCAUCGAUGCAGCAGAAGCUGCAGUCUGUUCGCUGGAAGAUGACCCCAUCUUCGAUGCAGGCACGGGCUCAGUGCUGAAUUCAAGUGGCCAUAUAGAGAUGGAUGCUGUGAUCAUGGACGGAGCAACACUCAACUCCGGCGGCGUAGCGUGUGUCCGAAACAUCAAGAAUCCAGUCACACUUGCUAGGAAGGUCAUGGAAAACACACAUCACUGUCUGCUGGUUGGAGAGGGAGCAAACCAGUUUGCUGAAAAGGUUGGCAUUCACACAAUCCCAGAGGAACAACUACUCAGUGAAUUAUCCGUAACUAAGCUGAAACUGUGUGAAGGAAACUAUGGUGACAGAGUUGGGCACGCCUUCAAAGCAAAAAAUGUGAAGAAAACACAUGAACAUGCGAAGGGCGAACACGACACUGUAGGAGCAGUGGUAAUUGAUGCACAUGGCAACGUUGCUGCUGCAACAUCUACUGGCGGCAUUACUGCCAAGAUGGCAGGCCGUGUGGGAGACAGUCCCUUGAUAGGGUUAGGAUGUUAUGGAGACAAUGUCACAGGAGGGGUGUCAUGCACUGGACAUGGUGAGAGCAUCAUGAAAGUUCACCUUGCAAGCCGCAUCAUCAUGUAUAUGGAUGCAGGAUUGGGACCAAAAGAUGCAGCAGAGAAGGCUCUUGAUUACAUGUAUGACCGUACAGAGGGCGCCGGUGGUGUCAUCGUCCUCGACAACAAAGGUAACUUCGGCGUGCACUACACGACCGGCUACAUGGCGUGGGCUUGCAUAAGGGACAACAAGCUGCACCACGGAAUAUCGGGCCACGAGAACCACACCGAGGAACUUCCGCAGAACAUGGCGUAGAUUUCGUUGCUAUAGUGUCUGCAAACAUAUCCAGGAUUUGCGAGCGAAGUUUUUAAGCGUGCGUAAAGCCGGUAGAAGAAGAACAUGCCGCCUCGUCCAGAUCUUGCAGUUAUCAUGCAGAGUACCUGUUUGCAUCAUAUUUAUUAUAAAAUAUUAAACUAGUGUACAGCUAGCACAUGCAUAUGCAUUAAUAGAGAGUUGGUAAAAUCAUGAUAGCCGUUAGCAGUGCGCUUAUUUUUGCUUACACGUCAGUUGACCUGUUCCUAAACCCAGUAAUAGUAUAUGCGAUAAACUUGUGUCGCCAAUUUUUGUUGGCACAAGGCUCUUGAGUACAUAAAUGUGGUUUUGAACUCAGAAUAACAGCAUACCACUAAGUAGGGUAAACAUUCGUGGCAUGAAAGCUCAAACUAGUAAAGCACACCUGAUGAAUUUCAGUCAAAUUAGAUGGGUUUAAAUAUCUCGUCCCAAAUCAAGUUUGGCCAAUACAAUUAGUAGGUAACAGUUUUUGAGAACCUUGCUUAUUGAAUGUUUUCUCAUCUCAAUCUAUCUAUUUAUGCGUAUUACAUAUGACCUUUGUCAGAUUAGAUAGCGUUUACAUGGGGUCAUAGAUACCGGUGUUUAUUUGGUUGGAUACUAUGACUCCCAAUUCUACGAUCUGACCGUCGCAGAUCGGUUUCUCAAUGUAAAACUCCUGGCUUCAAGCCAAUACAAUGCAUAAGUCAGGGCCAUAGCUUGAACAAAUAAAUACCUAGGUGGCCGAGGAGUGAUGUAAAA